AAGUUGUUCGUAAAACCCAACCGUUGCUUAAUGCCACGGUCUCUAGAACGCUGCCAUGGAAGGUUGCUUGAUGAGAUGGUCUCACGGCGGCGCUCUCCUGAAAGCCCUCAAACCUCUCCAUGUGAACGUCCCUAAACACUCCAUUCGCUGCUCUUCCAUGUCCGUCCACUCCGGCGGGGGAGGAUCGGCUGUCAGCCGCAGGGCCUACGACGCACUGCUGUUAGACGCCGGAGGCACUCUGCUUCAGCUGAAAAAACCAGUCGAAGAAGUUUACGCUUCCAUCGGAACCAAAUACGGUGUGACUGCAACUCCAGCUGAAAUCAAGCAAGGUUUCAGAAGAGCUUUUUCUGCUACUUGGCCUCAGAAGCUUCGUUACCAGGGAGAUGGGAGGCCGUUUUGGAAACUUGUUGUGUCUGAAGCCACUGGUUGUGCUAAUCUCGAUUACUUCGAACAAGUUUAUGAGUACUAUGCGAAAGGUGACUCAUGGCGUCUUCCGGAUGGAGCUUAUGAAACAAUGCUCCUUCUCAAAGAUGCUGGAGUUAAGCUGGCUGUUGUAUCGAAUUUCGACUCCCGCUUGAGGAAGCUGCUUGAGGACCUUAAUGUUUUGCAUCUGUUUGAUGCUGUUAUCAUAUCUUCAGAAGUUGGGUAUGAAAAACCAGAUGCAGGCAUAUUCAAAGCUGCUUUAGAUCAAGUUCAUGUGGAUGCUGGCAAAGCAGUACAUGUUGGUGACGAUAAAAUUGCGGAUAAGGAUGGCGCCAAUGCCAUUGGAAUCGAUUGCUUGUUAUGGGGUCUAGAUGUGAAGACAUUCUCUGAAAUUCGAAACAGCAUUCUCAUUUCAGAGUCAUAGCUUCCAAAGAACCAAGGUAUCGCACUGUGGACCUAACAUCCUGAAUCUUAUUAUGGCAAGAAAUAGCGGUAAAACAAACUAGAUGCUUCUAAAACAUAAUCAUCGACAUUUUUGUUGUAUUAGUUAUCACAUCCCGGUUGGCUGUAAAAACUUCAUUGGAUAUUGUUCAAAUUAUAAGAUUUUGUUUUAAAUUGAAUUCACAAUUUCAGUCCCAUUGUUGUUGUGGGGAAUUUUCUUA